CCCCCGUUUUGCUCUCUGCUUUGUCACCAGUCUUAUAUAUAUACAUCUAAUAUCCUUUUCAUUCCUUGUCCGUGGUAGGCAGCUUGUUUUACAUCCAUUCGUCUUGCUUCAAGGCUCUGAGUCUGUUCAACUUUUGCUCUUCUACGUAAAGAAUUUUUCCCUGUUUUUACCCUUUUGCCUUGGUCAGGCCGUCUUCGGAGUUGCUUACGCAGGCAACACCAUAACUGAUUUUGAUUCCUCGACCUCUAAAACCAUAUCCGCGGCGUCGGAUCCAAUUUCGUCUCAACGUAGGCACAAUAAAUCGGCAUUAAUCUCCUAGAAAUGCAACUCCGGAGAGCAGCUCGAGUAAUUCUAUUUGGCGCGCCCGGUGUGGGCAAGGGGACGCAGAGCGACAGGCUGUUGAAGCGCUUCCCUCAGCUCAAGGCCAUCAGCACGGGCGACCUUCUCCGCCACAAUGUCAAGAACAGGACGCCUCUCGGUAUCAUGGCUGAAAACACCAUCAAAGCCGGAGGCCUGGUCGCUGACGACUUGAUGCUUCGUCUCAUCUCAGGAGAGCUUCGAUCCCGAGGCUGGCUUUACGGAGGCCGCCCUCCGGUCAUGACACUCUCCGCUGAAGCAACCUCCACCGAGGGCUCCUACAGCGCCUCUUCUUCCAUGGAUCAUUUCAACCCAAUGUCUUUCCAUCUCGAUGAGCACGCCGUUCCACAGGCUUCCGAGGAUCCUUCUGCGUCCUUCAUGCUGGAUGGCUAUCCCCGAACCGUCCCCCAGGCCGUCACGCUCGACAAGAUCGUCCCCAUGAACCUGGUCGUGUCCAUCCAGACCCCGUUCUCCGUCAUUCUCGAGCGCAUCGCCGGCCGCUGGGUGCACGAGCCUUCCGGCCGCGUGUACAACACAUCCUUCAAUAGGCCCCGCGUUCCUGGCCGCGACGACGUCACCGGAGAGCCCCUCACCCAGCGCCCGGACGACAACGAGGAGACGUACCGCGCACGCUUCCAGAAGUUCCAGGAGAACAGCGAGCCGCUGCUCAACCACUACGCCAAGAAGGGCGUCUUGCUCGAGGUCGAGGGCAUGAGCAGCGAUGAGAUCAGCCCCAAGCUCUACGAAGCCUUUGAGCGCCGUUUCGCUCAUUAAUGGCUUAAUCUUUAAAGAGGAGGACCCUUUGAACUAUGUUUUACUAUUUUUUUUAUUAUUAUUCAGCAGCCUUUUCAAGCUUCUCGGUUUGGCAUUAUUGCUUAUAUUUGGCGACUGUUACGUUUCAUGUCUUAUUUUACUUGGGUAUUGCUAGGCGUUAUGUCCGGUAGUUGGAAAAUCACGUCUCUUGGUUCAGACUACUUUUGAGCUGAAUUCGAGGGCAUCGGUCUUCUCGGGGUUUUGUUUGUCUCUCAGGAAAAAGGGAGGGGGGGCUUUCUCAUGUAUUGAACAUUGUGUACAUAUGGGGUGACGAAAAGUCCCCGGCGAAUUCAACUUUCGCGCGAGUGCUUUUCUACCGCGCAAUGUGACAUUUUGCUGUUGGAAAAGGU